UAAGGAUGAGGUGUUGCAUCUCCCUCCCUGGCCCCGCCCGGAGGAGGCGCCACCUCCUCCUCAGGACCUCCCUCUCGAAGUCUCCCUCCGUCCCUCCAUCCACAGCCAGGGCUUCCGAGCCUCCGGCAGUGGCAGCCGCUUCCACCCAUUGAGUCCCACUGGCAGGGUUUGGGGAGCCUCUUCCUCCUCCGCAGGGCCCUCCGCCGGGCCAUGUCUCAGCGGCGCCCUCUGCCGGCGGGGCCCCCUCAGCGCAGAAAGGCGGAAAGAGAAGAACGGUCCUGAACGCCGGCUGGAGAGAGAGAGAGAGAGAGAGAGAGAGAGAGAGGCGCAGAGAGCUCCCAGGAACAGAUUGACCUCUCUGUGACCAUGUGGAGCUUUCAGCACCGGUCCUCACCUUUCAGGCCCAUGUGACAGAAGUACCAUUUGGAUAGUUUCAGAGUCCAACAUACUCUUCACUGAACAGUUUGAUGGAGAAUCGGUCGGAUGACAGCAGGAACUGUUGUAAUCACUGGCGGAAUACUAGCAACAGUAAUCUUACUGUGUAUAAUCGCUGUUCUCUGCUAUUGUAGGCUACAGUAUUACUGCUGCAAGAAAGAUGAAUCUGAUGAAGAGGAAGAGGAGGAAGAGGAGGAGGAGGAGGGAGAGGGGGAGACUGACCUUCCCCCCCAUUCCCACUACGUCAUGUGCAACGCUUGCAACUCUCGUAUCAUGGACGGGCAGGGCAACCCCUCCUUUCCACCUCAUGAGCUUAACAAGCAGGGCACUCGGAACUAUUGCCCCACCUGCUCCCCCUCUGGCUCCCCCUUUUAUAUACGGACCGCUGACAUGGUGCGAAACGGGGGCGAGAGGAUCACCUAUACACCCAUGUGCUGCAAAGAAAUGGGACUGCCCAUCAAAAUGGCAACCUUCCAGAGUUACCCGGUGACUCACCACUGCAUCAUACGCGAGACCUUUACAAACCCGAGGGCUUUUAGUACAGAAGUAUGAUCACAGUCUAUCACUUUCAUAGGGUGCUUCAGGGUGUGCCCCCCUUUCGGUGAUGGGGAUUUUAAUUCUGAAACUCUUUGGGCAAAAAAUGGAACCUGUGUCCAAGACCUACCAUUGCAACAAGGCUUUCAUUCACAGGGAAAGAAGUUAACAUUGCUACCAUGGUGGUCCAACUUGGUCAUUUUUAACCCGCAACCAGGGGUCUUGUAUCCAAUGAGACAGUCUUGUCUAAGGAGGGCUAUGUACAGUACAAACUAACUAACUUGCAUUUAAAAACUCUUGCAAUUCCACUUUUCACAAGCAUCUUUGGUAUCUACACUUAACAAGCCCUAUUUGUCUGUCUUUCCAAAGCAACGCCCACUGGCCUUCUCUGACUGGUGAUGAGAGCACGUACAAGAUAGUCAAUACAGUGGUUCCUAGAAAGUUUCAUGCCCAGCAUGGAUAAUAAUAUUGGCCUCACUUACAAUGGGAGUUAGGGACAAGGAUGGUAGUCACGUCUCAUGGUCUGCUAAGGAAGUAGAGUGAAGGAAACGAGGGAUGAGAUAGCUUGAUUAUUCCUUUAUUAUAUCUGUUAUAAACUGAAUAUUAUCAGUAUAGAAUGUAAAAUAUGGUGACCAGUUCUGCUUAUUUCACUCACAAGCACAUAUAUACAAAAGAUAAAUGGAGGAGUCAGAGAAGCGGGGAGAUGAGGAAGUGUUAAGUCACUAACCGUCUGUUCCCCCAAAUUCUCCCCAAUUCCUUAACACUCACAAUCUUUUUUAAAUAGAUGGAAUACUGAUGUUUAAAACCUACACAACAAUGACAUAGCUAAAGCUUUGUUAGGUUUCUCUUGCACUUCACCCCCCUCCCUAGUGUUCAGAGCCCUUAUAUGGGGCUGACUACAGAUGUAUGUUCUGAUAAGAUAGAAUAUAAGGUAUUACUUGUACAAAAGUGUCCUGGUAUGGAAUAUGUAAGAGGGCUGCAAUCCACAUUUCUAAUGAGAAA